AUGGAGCCAGUUGGAGGUCCAGAGCUCCCCAGCCAAAUUACAUGCUUUAUGAUUCUCCCAAGGCUACCCUCCAAGUCUCUCAUGCGCUUCAAAUGUGUCUGCAAGUCUUGGUCUUCUCUCACCCGCGACCCUUCCUUUGUCAGCGCCCAUCAAAACUUGGGAUGCAACAAGAACGUUCACCUCCUCCUCAUUGCCUGGGACAAACGUCCCACAACGCAGCAACACUUCUUCUCCUUGCAAAUCAACCAAGAAGGAAGUCUAAUCCCUGCCACCCAUCUUCUAAGCCUUCCAACGCCGCAAACCACGAAUGAAUGUCUCUACAAUGCACAAAUUAUCAACGGCUUGGUCUGUCUUUACCUUUAUAAUACUACAGUUCCCAAUCAAACCGAUCCUGACCACCCCGUUCGCAUUUUUAACCCCUCCACCCGAGAGUCUAUCGCUCUCCCCCAAGCUUUGCAGCCUGCAUCAUGCAAAGCCGUUCGUAUUUUUAACCCCUACACCCGAGAGUCUAUCGCUCUCUCCCGCGCUCCUGCAUCACGCAAAGUCUAUGUUACGUAUGAUUUCGGGUUCAGUCCUCUUACAAAUGAGUAUAAGGUUCUCCAAGUGCAAGAACUCAUCCCUGCCUUGAGGGGUGAGCAUUUUAUGUUCAAAAUAUUUAAAUUGGGGACAAGUUCAUGGAGGCACAUAGAGGUAGACUGUAAUGGUCUCCGUAUUAAUCCUUUUACAUCCCCAUUUCAUAAGCGAAGUGUUUGCGUCAACGGGGCUGUACAUUGGAUUCAUGGGAUUAACAAUGUCAUACUGGCUUUUGACAUUGGAGAUGAGAAAUUCAGAGCAAUUCCACUUCCUAAAGAUUAUAAUUGUUUUACACAUCAUAUUGAUUUUCCCAUUGAGAGUAUAGUUGAAGUGGAUGGAUGUGUGGCUCUAACAGGUGACAAGGAGUUGAUGAGACUGAACAUUUUAAGGCUUGGGGUUUUGAGGGACUAUCAAAAUCAGGUUUGGGUGAAGGAGACCAUCUCUUUUUCCCUUCAUUGGGAGGAAGCAGGGUACCCAGUUCCCUUCUUGUACCAUUCACAUAGGGGAAGUGAUGAGAUUGUUUUGCCCCCCGAAUAUGCAUCUCUGAACGACGAUCGAUUGAAGUUGCUGGCUAGUUAUAAGGAUAGCAUUGUGCCCUUAAGAUGA